ACAAAUUAGUCUUAUAUCGGUGUCAUCACAAUAAGGUUGUUUUGAAAUUUUGUGUAACGGAAUGUAUGAUCGGGUACCAGAUCCUAAACCGAGAUGGAACCCUAAACCGGAGCAGAUUCGGAUACUCGAAUCAAUCUUCAAUUCCGGUACUGUUAACCCACCUAGGGAGGAGAUUCAAAGAAUCCGGAUCCGGCUUCAAGAGUACGGACAAAUCGGUGAUGCUAAUGUGUUUUACUGGUUUCAAAACCGGAAAUCUCGAGCAAAACACAAGCUUCGUGUUCAUCACAAAAACCCUAAAAUGUCCAAGAAGGACAAGAUGGUUAUUCCAAGUAAUGAUGCUGAUCAUUGUUUUGGUUUUGUUAACCAAGAAACCGGAUUAUUUCCGGUUCAAAACAAUGAAUUGGUGGUAACCGAACCGCCCGGUUUUCUAUUCCCGGUUCAUAAUGAUCCGAGCGCUGCUCAAUCAGGUUUUGGUUUUAGUGAUUUUGUUGUACCGGUGGUAACCGAAGAAGGGAUGGCUUUCUCUACCGUUAAUAACGGCGUUAAUUUGGAGACCGAUGAAAGUUUUGAUCAAAUUCCGGCGAUCAAUUUAUACGGAGGAGAUGGAAAUGGCGGUGGAAAUUGUUUUUCUCCUUUGACUGUUCCUUUGACCGUCAAUCAAUCUCAAGAAGAACGAGACAUAGUAUUAUCCGGUGAUGAAGAUGUCGAGAAUAGUGUUUCUCCGGUGAGAAUGACGGUGUUUAUUAACGACAUGCCUUUCGAGGUAGUGCCCGGAUUAUUCAACGUUAAAGCAGCUUUUGGAAACGAUGCUGUUUUGAUCAACUCGUUUGGGCAACCUAUUCAUACAGAUGAAUUUGGUGUUACUUAUCAACCUCUCCAAAACGGUGCAAUCUAUUAUCUUAUUUAGAAGAUAUUGAAGAUUGAGAGUUAUGGUGCUAUGGAUGAAUAUUAAUAUAAUAAAAGAUUACUG